ACGCGCGCAGUUUUCAUUGUUAUUUUUAUUUUUAUUUUCUUUUUUGUCAGCUUUAAAACCAGUCGUAUGGAGCGCUCAACAACUUCCGAAAAACCAGCGGCAGAUUUAAUCCGAGAAUACCUGCUGAAAAAUCCAAUAAAACUAUCGCCAUGGAGUAUAACUCAGUUUUUCGAGAACGACGCGAACGUCAGCGAAGAAUAUUUAGAGUUUUCUCUGGACAAAUUGAGCGAAGAAGAUGCGGAAUUUGAGGAAGAUAACAAGGAAAUGCUCGAGGAUCUGGAAAAAUAUGCUUUUCUAGCCGUUCCAAUGCUUCGUCAAAUACCAUUGAUGACACUUCUGACAAUACUCCGCGAAACAACUGCAAAUGUUCAGGCUUUCGAAUUUCUUCCAAAUUUCCCAAAACCUCCGGCUACUCGCCUUCUCGAUCACAUUUUUAGAGAUAAAGAUGAUAAAGAUCUGAGUUUUGAGGAGAAGAAGCUUGAAUAUGAGCAGAUAGCCACAGACACCUCCAAAGUGCUGGAGCAUCUCAUUUCUUGGCGAGAGCAUGUUUGCAAAUAUAUCAAAGAUUUGGAGGCUUUUGAAACUGAUAAUCUCAUGGAUUUGAGUGAUGAGCAGAAGGAAUUUAUCAACGUUUUGCUGGACAAAUCGACGAAAACCGUGCCGCAGAUUGACGCGAAAAUCGAGCAGAAAAGAUCCCAAAUCGGAUACGAAGAAGAGCAAGAUUUUGAGCCAUUCUACAGAGUAAUGAUAAAAGAGCCAAAAUUUCAACAAAUGGGACCACUUGAUGCUCGAAACGAAAUUCGUAGAAUUUUCGACGAAUCCAACGUGAAUUUGAGACGAAUUAUCGCAAGAAUCGGAGCCGAUAAGACUGAAAAAGAAGAAAUUUCGCCAAAAAUGACAAGAAAACGUGUCUCAAAUGAUGUUUCCAACGAAUCAGCUCGCGGAGCCCCCAAAAUUGUCAAAAAAUUGCUGAAAGCCGCCGAUCAACACGCCGGAAAAGCGUCCGAUUUCAAGAUUGAUAACUAAUUAAUUUCUACUCAUAUAUCGCUAUUUUUGUUAUAUUUUUAAACUUUUUCUAUUUUAUUUUUAUUCAUUUAUAACCUUUAAAUUCCCAGUAUUUUUCAAUGUAAACGGGCCUAAAAAUCUAAAAAUCUCACGAGUUUUCUAUGUUUUUUUUUAUUGCAAAAAAAUUGCCAAUUUCAAAAUAAAUUUUAAAUUUCGAAAAAU